AUGUACGAAUUGUUGAAGGUGGGCCACUUGGGGCUCUUGGGUGAAGUCAUUAGAAUCAACGCCGACAAGGCGGUGAUUCAGUGUUACGAAGAGACGUCGGGCCUUUCCAUUGGUGACCCCGUCGAGCGUACCAAGAAGCCGUUGUCGGUGGAAUUGGGUCCCGGGUUGAUGGAAACGAUCUACGAUGGGAUCCAGCGUCCGCUUAAAUCCAUUUCCGACUUGUCGUCGUCGAUCUACAUUCCCAGAGGUAUCGAGGUCCCCGCGUUGAACCGUGACAUCAAAUACGACUUUACUCCCGGUAAGCUCAAGGUCGGCGACCACAUCACUGGUGGUGACAUCUUCGGGUCGGUGUUCGAAAACUCCUUGAUGGACGACCACAAGAUCUUGUUGCCGCCCAAGGCCAGAGGUACCAUCACCAGAAUCUCCGAACUGGGCUCAUACACCGUGGAUGAAAACAUCCUCGAAGUCGAAUUCGAGGGCAAGAAAUACGAAUACUCGAUGAUGCACAACUGGCCGGUGCGGGUCCCGCGUCCUGUGGCCGAGAAGUUGACCGCCGACUACCCUUUGCUUACCGGUCAAAGAGUGUUGGACUCGUUGUUCCCUUGUGUCCAGGGUGGUACCACCUGUAUCCCCGGUGCCUUCGGUUGUGGUAAGACCGUUAUUUCGCAAUCGCUUUCCAAGUUCUCGAACUCCGACGUCAUUGUUUACGUUGGGUGCGGUGAAAGAGGUAACGAAAUGGCCGAAGUGCUUAUGGAAUUCCCUGAGCUUUUCACCGAGAUCUCCGGCCGUAAGGAACCGAUUAUGAAGCGUACCACGUUGGUGGCCAACACCUCUAACAUGCCUGUGGCUGCUAGAGAAGCGUCUAUUUACACCGGUGUGACUAUCGCCGAAUACUUCAGAGAUCAAGGUAAGAACGUGUCGAUGAUUGCCGACUCUUCGUCGCGGUGGGCCGAAGCCCUUCGUGAAAUCUCGGGUCGGUUGGGUGAAAUGCCCGCCGAUCAGGGUUUCCCCGCCUACCUUGGUGCCAAGUUGGCCUCGUUCUACGAGCGUGCCGGUAAGGCCACUGCGCUUGGUCUGCCUGACCGUGAAGGGUCGGUGUCGAUUGUUGCCGCUGUGUCUCCUGCUGGUGGUGACUUCUCCGAUCCCGUUACCACCGCCACCUUGGGUAUCACCCAAGUGUUCUGGGGUUUGGACAAGAAGCUUGCCCAACGUAAGCACUUCCCUUCGGUGAACACCUCGGUGUCAUACUCGAAGUACCUUAACGUGUUGAACAAGUUCUACGACGCUAACUACCCUGAAUUCCCCACUUUGAGAACCAAGAUCAGAGAGAUCUUGUCCAACGCCGAAGAAUUGGAACAAGUGGUGCAAUUGGUGGGUAAGUCGGCUUUGAGUGACUCCGACAAGAUCACGCUUGACGUGUCUACUUUGCUUAAGGAAGACUUCUUGCAACAAAACGGUUACUCUACCUAUGACCAGUUCUGUCCUGUUUGGAAGACGUUUGACAUGAUGCGGGCGUUUAUGUUGUACCAUGACGAAGCACAAAAGGCCAUUGCUAAUGGUGCUCAAUGGCUGAAGCUUGCCGACGCCACCAGAGACGUCAAGCAUGCGGUGUCGCUGGCGAAGUUCGUUGAACCUUCCGAAGGUGAAGAGGCCGGUCGGGCUAAGUUCAACGAAUUGUUGACCAAAAUUUCGGACAAGUUUGCCGAAGCCGCUGAGUAA